GUAAUAAUGAUGCAGCACUAGAAACAAUAGCAGGAAUCUGGAAUUGGCAUGAAUGGUCUUGGCCUAAUAAUGAGACUGAAGCAGGGUAUAUUUAUGCAAGAUCUUUACUCAAAAUUGGCCCAUGGAAAAAAUUUACGCCUGAAGCUAUACAAAAAAUUGUCAAAAAAUGUGUCAUAAAAAAACCUGAAUCUACCAUUACUACAUACAGUCAUCUGAGCAAAUCUUGA